AUGAAAUCCCUUUACGACCGUGCCGGGAAGACUUUAUCCGGCGAUCCUUCUGCGGCAAAGGAUGUGCCGCGUCGUACUGCUCAAACAGACCCAGUACGUCAACCAUCAGUUGGGAGCUGGGCUCCCAAGUAUCCCAGGACGGGGGAUAGCCGCGCCACCGGACGAGAUAACUCGUCCGACGUCCGUUCACGUCGCGGUGGUUCAACAGCUGCUCAACCAGAUAGCGCUGGCCACGGCGAGAGUCCCCUAAUGGAGGGGUUACGCGGCGAUCUCGAACAUAAGCGGGGCAGACAUCUCCAACUGGCGGACGCUGUCACGAAGCAUCGAGCUGAGUUUUCCUUUGCUCAGCUUGAGAACGAGAGAGCUCUGACGUCUCUACGUGACGAGCUAAGGGUAGCUCGUGGGAUUGUUGAUCGGUCUCAGGAUGAGAUAACUGCUCUUCAGACUCUUGUCGAUGCCCACCAUCGAGAGCGCAAGGCUCUCUGCGAGAUGCUUGAGCGCAAGAGCGUUCUUCAUCGGAAGAAGCAGCGUACUGGUGGUACGGCUUAA